GAAUGGAGGAGGAGAACGGGAAAGUUUUUUGUUUCGCACGUCAUUUUGAUAGAUUUUUAGUGAAAUUUUCAUAUGACAUGACUUUGUAGUGUUAACGAUGGCCUCAACAUCUAGUUGUGACCCGAAAGUGUUGAUGGCAAAAGGGAAAAGGGCCACCGCUACUUACCUUCACGCCGAUUGCUCGAACGAAAGAAAUCCACAGCACCUGAAUGAAGUCCUGGAUAAUCUGCUGAAUCCCCAAAAGAGUAUCGACGAAUGGGAUACGAUAGAUUGGUGUAAAUGGCUUAUGGCAGGGGGCAGGACCCCGGACGAAUUCGCUAGCACAGUUCGAGCCUACGAUAACGCGACAACGUGUGGUCUAGUAUGGACGCCGAAUUUCGUGGCGUACAGAUGUCGCACGUGCGGCAUAUCGCCGUGCAUGUCGCUGUGCACGGACUGUUUCAAGAGAGGCAACCACGCCAGGCAUGAUUUCAACAUGUUUCUCAGCCAGGCCGGCGGCGCUUGCGAUUGCGGCGACGCCUCCGUAAUGAAGGAGACAGGUUUCUGCGAACGCCACGGUUCAAAUCAACGCUCCAACAUCCCCGCCGCCCCCACCGAUCUGAUGUGCGUCGCCGAAGCCAUGAUGCCGCGAAUCAUCCAGAGGUUGAUACAACAUUUGCGAGAGAACAGCAGAAUAGGCACCGUAGAAAAUUACAAGGGCGCCAUCCAAGACGCCGACGAAUUCAUCACCAUGUUGUUGGACUUCAAUAACAUGGGCGGAUUGAUGAGGAAAGUUAUAACGUCGGCACUGACGAAUCCGCAAAAAUACCGUGUGUUGAACGAAGUACCCGAAAACCCAUCGACGGACUACCAACAUUACCAAGUGGAAUCGCGUCGGCGAUACGAAGAAGCCCUGCAAUCUUUACCCAAUCCGGAACCGAUAGAGGACUACAAGGAUUGCUUGUCGUUGCAAGAGAGUUUGGUGCACAAGACGUUUUUGGAGGAAUUGGUGUUUUGGACAGUUAAAUUUGAGUUUCCGCAAAAGAUCGUUUGUCUGCUGUUACACAUGUUGCCCGAUCCGGAUUACAAAGAGGCUCUCACCAGAGCCGUAGUGCUGCACUACAGCCGGAUUUCCAUGAUGCUGGAACGCUCUAGCGAUCCAGAUACGUUGAGCAACAGAGUGGUCCACGUCAGCGUCCAGCUGUUUUCCAACCAAACGCUCGCUUUGAAAAUGACGGAACAAUUAUGUCUGUUACAUGUCAUGGUAGUCAGUCUCAAGUACAUGAUGAGCAAGAUUCUGAUAAGAAACACUUUGCACGAUAUUAAAGAAAAUUUCCAUUACGUCGUGGAUUGCGCGAUGCCCGUCAUGAAGGAUCACUGCUACUGGCCGUUGGUGUCCGAUUUGAAGAACGUGCUGUCCCACAGGCCGGUAGCUUUCAAAUUUAUGGCCGACGACGGACUUCUCGAGAUGUGGUUUGCUUUCCUCGCCAUGUUCCAAGGCAUGAACGUCAACCAGCGAGAACUCAACCAACACAUUGAAUUCGAACCGAACACCUACUACGCCGCUUUCAGCGCCGAACUAGAAGCCAGCGCUUACCCCAUGUGGGCUCUCAUUUCUCAUCUAACGGACGCUUCUACGGCUCAUUUAACUAAAAGGGUCCUGGACGCGUGCCUCGGCGAGCUCAGGGAUUGGUUUCAGGCCACCGCGUACUUAAGCACAAUGGUGACUGACAAACUUCAAGUAUCUUUUCAUCUACCGCUGCAUCGUUAUUUGGCUGUGUUUCUAAGCCAAGCCGUGGCUGUACAAGGUGUGACGGUGAACGAAGUUUUGGGAUACUACGAUUUCAUGUUGGACUUGUUGAUGAUGCAUCCUUUACGCGUGCAGGUAGCCUUUUACGAAAUUUUAAACGGUUUAUGGUUGAGGAACGGUUUGCAAAUCAAAGGGCAAGCCAUGACGUACAUCCAAUGUAACUUUUGCAAUUCCAUGGUGGACGCCGAUCUAUAUUUACUGCAGGUUUGUUGUACGCGAUUGCGGCCCGAAAAAUUUCUCAAAAUCGUUAUAGAAAAAUUUCACAUUAAAGAAUGGAUGAGCUUAAAGAAUUUUGAUGGAAUUUUCAUCAAUUUGGAUCGGGAACUCGACACUCCGAUGUUGGAGAGUUUCCUCACGUUUUUGGCGACUCUCGUCAGCGUCAGAACGAAUUUAGGUCUAUCGGAAACGGCUCUGAAUCGGCUGGAAAUGGUCACGCUGCUGUGUAUGGGCGACAAAACUCAUUCGCAGCUGAUGGAAUUGAUGCCGGAACGGUGCGGCAUGUCGGAGUCGCGCGAUUUCGAAUCUCUUUUGGCUGAAGUCGCGUUUUACAGGGCGCCCGCUCUCGAGGCCAGCGGGAACAUGCAGCAGGGCAUGUACGUGCCCAAACCCGAAAUAUGGGAGAAACAGUACGAUCCCAUUCACGUGCUGCUUAGAGCCGUUCAUCGGAGGGAUUUCCAGACUUCUAUGGAUCGAUACACUGAAUACGCUAGACACGCGAACAAGCUCAAGCCCGGCUGCAGCCUUUGGCCGCCUUUCAGGACUCCUUCCGACGUUUCGGAGGCCUACGAAGACCCCCGUCAGAUCUUGAAAUCUCGCGUAUUCCACGCGUCCGCUUUGAUAAUUCUAUUUAAAGCCGCCAGGGGUUACGUGUCCGAACACGUGAUGGCGCUGGUGGUGUUUUUGCUCGAACAAGCCGUACUGAUAGCCGCCAAGGAUGAUAAUAAAGAGGAUUCGAAGAUGUGUUCCACGGCUCCACCGACUCAACAUUCGUUGCUUAAUUCGGACUUUUGCAGCUGGUACGCUGGCGAUUCCGUGUUUGAGAACCUUAGGACAGUGAUAGGACAAGUUUCGAUACAGGCCGUUGAGUUAGCUUGUUCUCCCAUAACUUAUAGCUCGGACAGCGACAUCGAGUGGGACAGCACCGAAAUAGACGUCGCUGAUUUGGGGGAAAUGGGCAACGCGAGCGACAACGAUCCUAUGUUGAUGUUAGGCGAAGCAUCUUCGAGUACUUGGAACGGCGACGCUCAGCAACAAUCCGACAGCCGCGAAGUGGUAAUUUACAGUGGCAGUAAUAGGACGGUUCCGUGGACAGACGAUCCCGAGUCUCCCAUCGUGGACACUCCCCCUGGGGGAUAUGGAAGUAAUUUAGCGCUACCCCCGCCGCCCGCUACCGUGCCCAUGGAAGUGGAUAGGAUAAUGAGUCUGGCGUUGACGGGUCCCGUUGCUUCGGUUACGGAAAUCGCAACGCCCAGUCCGACUGAAACCCCGCCCGCGUUACCUUCUUCAGCCGUCAGGCUGGCUCUGAUAGCCGGCAGCGAAGUUGGCAGGGCGGUUAGAAGAAGCAAAGCGACGUCUUCGUCGAACUCUAAUAGAGAAUUAGUUCCUACGACUUCGCAGGGUUCCCAAGGGUCCCGGAAGCCACGUACCAGUACUCCUUUACGGGACGUAAAAGUGAAUGAAAGCCUAAUAUCUCUGUUGUUGAGAUUGCACUCUCAACUUUCCGGUGUACCUGAUAGUUAUAAUCCCGAGGACGAGGAAGAAAGUUCGUCGACCUCAAUCGAUGCCGAAGAAUCGUCAAUCGGCGACGGCAUAUUCUACAUCGCUAGAUUGCUAAGGAGAAUCGCCUCCUUAGACGAAAGCUGUAAGAGUUACAUUCAGGAGGCCAGAUUGAAGCUCUGGCCGUCGAAAGAAGAACGAGAGGAAGCCAAGAAGCAGCGCGAGAGUCGCGAGCGCGAAGAGCGCCGACGUAGAGCCAAAGAGCGUCAACAGAAAUUAAUGCAGGAGUUCGCCAACAAACAGAAGCAGUUCAUGGAGAAAGCGAUGGAAUGCGACGAGACGGGUACUGAAGACGAUGAAGGUGAUGAAGUAGAAAAAGUGGCUAAGCAGCAGGAGUACGAUUGUGUUAUUUGUAACCAGAGCUCGCCAAGUACCGAGGAACAGCCGAUGGGGUUGGUCGUGUUGAUACAGGCGACGAGCAUCAUCGGACACAUGCGCAGACACGAUCAGCCCGAACGGACGGUGUUGCCGACGUGCGAAGAGGAAAGCGAGAUGUUAAGAAAGGACGAUACUCUGGCCGCCGAAUACGACAGACGAAUCGACGAGCUGGACAGGCACUUCGAUCCCGAAUCAUGGUUCCUAUCGGGCAAUAGUGGCUGGCAUGGAGGCGCGCACGUUCAAACGUGUGGUCACCACCUCCAUUUAGAUUGUCUAAAUUCCUAUUUAUCGUCAUUGAGGACGCAACAAAGGCAAAUGACUCUGUCUCCCGAAAAGGGCGAAUACUUGUGUCCCCUAUGUCGACAAUUAGCAAAUUCGUUUUUACCGCUGUCGUCGCAAUUGGGCGACAAAACGCAAAUGGUUCGAUCCAGGCCCAGUGAAUGUAUGUCGCACGUUGUAGAAGAACUUAGUAAUUUAUUACGAGAAAACGAUAAAAAACCAAAUACGCUGAAAAUGGCCGAAGCCAUCGGUAAAGUGAUGGAAGACAUGUCGAACAAUACCCGGCUGAAGCCUAGGUUUAAAUCGAAGAACGAGAAACCGAUCAUCCUUCAGAGUUUGCUUUCAAUUGUCACUUCGAUAGCUAGGACGAAUUUGGAGGUGGAGCUCAUUCAAAGAGGCGGUUCCUUAAUUCAAUAUCCGACUAGUUCGAAUUUGUUGCCGAAAAGAGAUUGUAUAGUUCCACUUCUGCACGUGUUGGCGGUUCACGCGCGAGUCGCCCGCAUAUUGGCGAUGUGGCCAGCUUGGAUGAGCUUCCAGCAAUUGUGCGGAAUACCACCGAAGACGCCUGUAAUGACUUUGGAGCCGGUGGUUCGAGAAGUGCCUCUUCUACUAAGAGAUCCCAUAGCUUUGCUGUUGCAAUAUGUACUGCUACUCCCGUUACCUUUAGAUCAAACCUAUUUCACUACAACUAUUCAAGUGGUGUACAAUUUGCUGUAUUACCAAGUGGUGGCUCAAGUUUCCUGCGGCUUAACCAGUGCCGAAAGAGCGGCCGCAGCUUCGGGGGCCAAUCGGGAGCGCGUUAAUAAUCUCAUGGACGCUUUAGGUUUAAUCAACGAUUGCUUGGGACAGACGGAUUUGUACAUGGAAAAUGACGACACCUGCAGUUCUAGUGAUAAGAACGUCAAGGUCAAUAUGGUGGGAUUGGAGAUGCAGGUCCAAAAAUUGUGUUUACCCUUCCUUCGCAUGGCCGCGCUACUAAAACACCACCUGUACCAGCAACCUUUACCGGACAUCUUCGAACCGAACAACGAAUUCGUCAGACUGGUGUACUACCUCGAACUGGUCACCGAAUCGAUGGAUUGGGGCUGGUUCAAUGCGUCGGUGGCUCUGACGUGGCCGCGAGAGUUGGAAUUGGAGAUUCGAACGCCGAGAGGAUGGUGCGAACAGCUAGGCGUAUUCAUCGGCAAGAGCCAGCUGGCCGCCAAAGGUUUUUUGGCCGAGCAGCACGUGCUGUGGUACCCGCCGAGGUUGCUGCAGUUGCCCAGGGAGUACGAGCGGAUAUUUACGUACUAUCACGAGCGUCCGUGCCGCCAAUGCCAGUCGGUGGCUCAAGAGACGAGCAUCUGCUUGCUUUGCGGCACGAUCGUUUGCCUGAAGCAGAACUGUUGUAAACAUCAAAACGUAUGCGAAGCGGUCGCUCACGCGGCCGAAUGCGGAGCCGGUACCGGCAUUUUUCUAGUCGUCACUUCAACUUACAUAAUAGUCAUUAGGGGCCACAGGGCCUGCUUGUGGGGGUCGCUGUAUCUGGACGAUUUCGAGGAGGAGGAUAGAGAUUUGAAACGAGGUAAACCGUUGUACCUCAGUACGGCCAGGUACAAGCUGUUGGAGCAGCAGUGGCUGGCGCUUCGAUUCGACCACACCGAAAAGACGUGGGUACCACAUCGAAACGCUCUCUAAUGUGCUUUCCCACUAAAAAUUAAAAAAACAAACUCUAAUUUUAAUAAUGCCGGAAACUGUCUUCUUGCAAUUUAUUUUUUAAAUGACCUGUAAAUAUAUUUUUAGAAAUAUGUCGAUUUUAGUAUUUUUUUUUGUUUGUUUUUUGCUUGUUUGAAACGUUGAUUAUUGGUACUAGAUUUUAAUCGCAAAGGUUUGUUAAAUUAUCAGACUAUAACUAAUUUGGUGACAAACAAACUUGUCAGUUGGGAAAUGGUCAUGCUGCUAUAUACAGAGAGUCUAAAGAGGUGAUAUCAGGUGAAUAAGGAGGUUGGGAUUCCCCCAAUUAAAAUCUUUUAUAUUUAUUUUUUGUAAAUUUACAGUUCAUAAACAGUUUUUGCUUCGAAAAUAGUGACGAUUUUUUUUUGUCGAUCAGCUUUACCUGUCAAAUUUAACAUAUGAUGGCAGACCUUAAUGAUAAUACUGUAUGUUUGCUUUGCUUAAUUUCGUUUGCCUAUCAAUUUUUCAUCGAAUCCCUUGGAUUUGAUUCAGGUACUCCAUUGUAUCUUCAAAUAUGAGCUAAAAAUUCAGCUUAUCACAAAAAUGUUAUUCCAAAUUAGUUUUUCAAUGUAUUUAAAUUAUUUUUGUUGUCCAUAAUGUUGUCUGUCCCUUUGUACCAGUCAUCAAUAAUUUCAAAGAACUUGUGAGAAGACUCAUUCUGCAAAUGUACAUUAUUUAAUGAGCUGUGUUAAAAAAAUCACUCAAAGAUCGAUAUUUAGUAAACUAUUUAUUCUCCAACUUUUUGUUUUUGUGUCCAUAAGUGUAUAUUUUUUUAUCAUUUCGUUUCCUCGCUACCCAAGCUAAUAGUAAUGUCCGCUUUAUAACAAGAGAAAGAUUUUUACUUCGGUCCGGUCGUAUGAUGAACGGAGAUGUUGUGUACACAGAUUUAUUAUUUUUGGGUAUGUUGUAAGUGUAUUUUGUAGGACAAUGAACCCCUUUUUAUGCCCCCCAAUCGGUACACAUUUUAUGCAAUAGUUUUGUUCGUUUACUUGUAUAUAGUAAUAUUAAGUAUGUAUUUGCAAUAGAAUACUACUUCACUUAA